AUGCCGCCCAAGCGCGUCGCCAUCGUCACCAGCAGCACGCGCCUCCCACGCCUGAACCCCACGAUCACCCAAUUUGUCUAUGACGUACUGACAUCUGACCCAACAAUUCCCACGAACAAGCCCUCUAUGCCAGGAGAUCCAGUCACCAUAGAUACCAAUCCACGCCACAUAGUAUUCUCCAUGCUCGAUCUCUCUAAACAAGCCCUCCCACUGUACGACGAAACCGUCAUCCCGGCCACGCUGCCUGCUGACGACCCCACACCGCACUAUACCAAGGCGCAUACACAGGCCUGGUCCACCGUCGUACGCGGAUACGACGCGUUCAUCUUCGUCACGCCACAGUACAACUGGAGCAUCCCUGCCAGCCUGAAGAACGCGCUCGAUUACUUAUACCACGAGUGGAAGAACAAGCCGGCGGGGAUCGUGACGUACGGCUCUCACGGAGGCCAGAAAGCAGCGGACCAUUUGCGGAGCGUGCUGAAGGGCCUGCGGAUGCGGGUGGUGGAGACUGCGCCGGGACUGGUAGUUCGACAUACGGGCUUGCCGGUGGGUGGGGUGUCUGAGGAGGAGGAAAAGGUGGAGCUUGAUGCAAGAGAUCUGGAGGGGUGGAAGGACGCCGGGGUCCAGGGAAUGAUGAGGAAUUUGGGGAUGGAGCUCGUGUGUGAGCUAGAUAAGGAGUGA